AUGGUUUUCCGGCGAUCUAGUGAAUCCUUGAGGGAUUACACAAAGAGGUUCAAACGAGAGGUAAAUAAUGCUGAGAGCCCCUCGGACGAGAGUAUUCUGACUGCGAUAUCUAUGGGACUUCCAAAAGAUGAGAAACUCUAUGAGAGCAUCUAUAUGUCCCCCGUAAGGGACCUGGGUGAGUUCUAUGAGCGAGCUAAGAAGGAAAUCAGAUGGGAGGAAACUUUUGGUUCAAAGAAGCCCAGUAACCCAAAGGAUGGAGGUGGAAGUGCUAACCAAAGCAAGAAGCGGGGCAAUGGUGAUAAUGAUAAAGGAGGCCAGUGGCGAAAUCCUAAUAAUCAGGAUAUAAUCUUCGUUGCUGAGAAGGGAAAGGAAAAUUUUGGGAGGCCUAAUCCCUUACAGAUUCCUAACAGAUUUAGGAACAAGGACAAGUUUUGUGCCUACCACAGCGAGACAGGACACAACACCUCUAAGUGUUGGGCAUUGAGGGACCCGAUUGAAGAAUUGAUCAAGAGAGAUCACUUGCGUGAUUAUGUGGUGCGGUCGGGAGAUCAACAGCCCCAACAUCCAGUUCAACUAGAGCCUCGUCAAGCUCCCGAGCAGGAUCGGGCCCCUACGGGAACACCGUUAAAGAAAGCCAGAACGACCCCUAGUGACAUCGUUUUUACAAAAGAAGACACAAAAGAGGUGCACUGGCCUUAUAAUGAUGCCCUUGUGGUUCGAGCUCGAAUUAACAACGUUGAAGUGCGAAGAAUUAUGGUAGACACAAGAAGCUCAAUGAAUGUAAUGUAUAGAGGAUGUUUCAACCAGAUGGGCCUGGGGUCGGAUCAGCUAACAGCUUCCCCAGAGCUGCUUUAUGGUUUCACUGGAGAUGCGGUGACCCCGACGAGACGCAUUAGGCUCCCACUUACAAUUGGGGACUCACACUGCUAG